GCCUACCAGAACUUCCCGUGCACGCCUGUACACAACGAGCAGCGGCGUGGGGCUUUCUGUCUGUACAAGGGCUCGGCCCUGGGUGUUGUGGCCAGCACGAUGAUGGCACGGCGCUGUAGAACGCUGCGUGCCCCGGUGCAGACUGACUGCCGUGCGACGACAGCCCCUGUG